AUGUCGGAGCUUUUGACAAACGCGGCGGCCCAGCUGGCCCUGAAGAACCGGCUGACGGCGGGCAGGGCGCUCGCGGGGUUCAGUCGGAGAGACCUGGGCGAGUAUUUGCAGGGGGGUGGCGGAAGACAUCCGAGGGGCAAUGACGCGCGCCACAGGCGCCGGUCGCGCUCGUCGGGCUACAGCAGCCCGGAUGACAUCGAGAGCGUCAUUGAGGACCUGGACGACGAGAUUGCGGGCCGCGAGCGACGCAGGGCCGGCCUCAAGAUCAAGGCGCAGGCGGUAGCUCUCAUGAAUCUGUAUCUUCAGAGCGCGCAAUACUACCAGAAGUGGAGUCGCGGGUGGCAGGUGCCCAGCAUCAUCCUCCAGGCGCUCCUCGGCGUCCUCACGGGCGCCAUGCCGGGCGUCUCGGACAAGGUGCCCCAGGACACGGCCCUCCUAGUCCUGGGGCUGUUUCAAGUCAUCCUUGGCAUCCUGAACGCGAUCGCGCGGAUGUUCUCGUGGGACGAGCGCAUGACGAUUUGCAAGCAGCAGGCCCACAACUGCAGCGACCUCAUCAUGCUGCUCACCAAGGAGACAAACGACGACACUCCCGACGGAAUCAGCAAGGAGGCGCUCGACAAGGUGCUGGAGAUGUACGGCGCGGCGACGCGGAACGCGGACCAGGUUCCGACGUCCGUCACGCAGAUCUUCGCGGCGGCCACGGCGCGCGAGAUGCAGCUCAAGUCGCGGUUCGAAUCCGACCCGAAGAUGGCCGCGCUGUACAAGACCAAGGCCGCGGAGCUGCGCUCGUUGUUCAACGACGGCAAGCAGCCGCGGGAGGCGAAGCGCGCGAUGCGCGACCUGCGCAGCUGGCUCGACCGCGAGGUGCGCGAGGGCGCCGACAGCGACAGCGACCCCGAGGACGGGCAGCGCGCGCACCGGAACCGCGUGGUGGAGCACGUGAAGGAGAUGCUCGAGGAGGCGGACGACGACACGAAGAACGUCAAGGCGAAGCCGUUCGUGCUCGACGUGCUGCGCAUCAUCGCGGAAGCCCAGCCAGAAGACAAGUUCGCCCUCAGCGAGGCGGACUUCCAGUUCCAGGCGCCGCCGACGCGGCGACCGACGACGGUGGGCGGCCGCAGCAUGGCGGAGGCGAAGGCGAACGCGACGACCAAGGCGCGGCGCGCCGGGGGGGCGGGUGCUGAGGCGCGCAAAACAACGAAGUUCAGGGCGGCGGGGCAUACCGCUGGGCUGGCGACGCGCAAGGGGAAGAUGAACGCGGUCGCGCCGAGCGCGAGCACGCCGCGCGGGCGGCGCAGCCGGCGCGAGGGUUCGCGGCGCCUGGAGCGUCAGGACGAGGACUCGAGGGAGGGGAGUGAUGACCUGGGUACAACAGGGCUCGUGGACGCCAUGUCGACGCCGUAUGGCGCGGAGGGAAGCAUGAUGAGCGGCGCGAGCGGGGUCCAGAACGCGUUGGCGCGUCAGUUCGCGGGCGCGGCGGCAACAGGCAGUGCGUUGCAGCAGCAGGCCGGCGACGCAGCGAGUGGGCUCAAGGGGCUGUUCGGUGGCGGAGCGGGGGGCCUGGGGAGCCUCGCGGGGGGGCUGGGCGGUCUCGUGCCUGGGCUGAGCGGCGGGGACGGCGGCGGCGGGCUGGCGGGGCUGCUUGGCGGCGGCGGCGACGCACAGGGGGUCCUGGGCGGGCUGGCGGGGCAACUGCAGGGCGGAGACGUCGCGGGCGCGCUCGCGGGGCUGCAGGGCAAGUUGCCUGGCGGGGGGGACGGUCUGCAGGGCGCACUCGCCGGUCUGCAGGAUAAGAUCCCCGGGGGGGGUCUCGAGGCUCUAGCGGCGUUGAAGGACAGCGCAGCGGGCGGGGGCGUCGAAGGCGCGUUGGCUGGGCUGCAGGGCAAGCUCCCUGGCGGCGGCGGCGCGGAGGCGCUCGCGGCGUUGAAGGACAAGGUACCGGUGGGGGGUGUUGAGGGCCUACUGGCUGGGCUGCAGGGCAAGCUGCCUGCUGGGGGCUUGGAGGAGGCUCUAGCUGGGCUGCAGGGCAAUGCGCAAGGGGGGGGCGUUGAGGGCUUACUGGCGGGGCUGCAGGGCAAGCUGCCGGGCGGCGGCGCUACGCCGUCCUCGAUGGUGGACGAGGCUGUCGCUGGACUGAAGGGCAAGCUCCCCACCGGCGGUGCUGCGGAGGAGGCCCUGUCGGGGCUCAAAGGCAAGCUGCCGGGCUCUGGGGAGAUAUCGCCGGCCAGGCGGCUGCCCGGAUCGUUGCGGGAGCAGAACGCUGCGUUGCGGGAGCGCAUCGGGGGGCGCAUGCGGGCGAUGCGCGGAGCGGCUGGGUCGGACGCGAGUCAGACCGAAACGCCGGGCGGGGACAAGCAGGACGACGAGGCGGGCCCGUCCGGUACGCAGGAGUGA